AUAUUCAACGCAAGGUAUUUUUAACGCCUCUUUGCAUUAUAAUCCCUCUUGUUCUACUCUGGAGUUAGGGUUUUGCGCCGCUCCCAAGCGAGGCGAUUGAACCAUGGAUCCUUCCUCCAAGAAGCGCAAGGCCGACGAGAAUGGCAACCUCGCUACCACAAUCCCUCUAGCGGAUCUCUCUCACGACGACGGCCGUAAGAUCAUCGACGCCUUCUCUCUAGAACAGCUCCGUGACAUCGUCGCUGCCGCUGUGUGCCGUGGUGAACCCGGGGUCCUUGCCGAUGUGCGCACAAUCGCCGACCGCGACCAAAGCCAGCGCAAACUCUUCACCCGCGGCCUCGGCCUGGAUACCACCACUGAAGUUGUCCGCUCCCUCUUCUCCGCCUACGGCGAGAUCGAGGAGGCCGCUGUCAUAGUCGAUAGAGUCAGUGGGAAGAGCAGGGGCUAUGGAUUCAUCACCUUCCGUCACGUUGAUGGUGCUCUUCUCGCCCUCAAGGAGCCCUCGAAGAAAAUUGACGGCCGAAUGACCGUCACCCAGCUCGCUUCUGCUGGGAAUACGGGAUCCGGUGCCGCUACUUCUGUUGACGUCUCUCUUCGCAAGAUCUACGUGGCGAACGUUCCUGUUGAAAUGCCCUCAGAUCGCUUGCUCGCUCAUUUUUCCCAAUAUGGAGAGAUCGAGGAGGGGCCAUUAGGGUUUGACAAGAUGACUGGGAAAUUCAAGGGCUUUGCGCUUUUUGUUUACAAGACGGCAGAUGGAGCAAGGAAUUCUCUUUUGGAGCCUAACAAAAAUGUUGAUGGGCAUAACUUGGUCUGCAAGCUCGCUAUUGAGGGGAAGAAAGGGAAACCAGGUGCCUCAGCCCCAGGUGUUGCAGCUGUUGGUGGGAUGCCAGGCCAGCCUUUGGGUACUGGUGCUGACGUUGGUCCGGAUGGGCUUGGAUCGGGUGCGCAAAGUUCGCUCACAAGCCAAUAUGCUGGCACUGGUGGCCGUUAUGGUUCAUAUGCUGGGUACUCUGGUAGUGCGCUGCCUGUUGCUGCUGGACUGAGUCUCCCUCAUAAUUUGAACUCAUCUUUGCCAACAUCAAUCGGUGCAGUCGUUCCAGGGCUGUCAGUUGGAAAUCAGAUGCCUUCCUCGCAUGGAAGUGGAGGUUAUGGUGGAGGUUUGGGUGGUCCUCUUGGGUCAUCUUCUCAGUAUGGUGCUCCUGGCUCUGGUGGUUAUGGAGGUUAUGGUAUAGGUUCAUAUCGUGUGCCACCAAACUCUGGUGGAACACCUUCUGGUGGUUAUCCUGAUGGUGGACUCUAUAACCUAUCAUCGUCAGCAUACCAGAGCCAGAAUCAGCAGCCAACAGGUUCAUCUCCUGGGCAGAGGCAUCCUGGUGGAGGGGUUUAUCCAAAUGCCCCACAUUACUAUUAAGAAUGAUGUGAAUUUAACCAUAGCCAAGUAAACAUCAAGGAUUGGAUAAACCUUUGUUUGCAGUAGGAUGGCUUCUAUUCCCGGCCCCGCUGCUCUUUUGGGAGCUUGUGAAGAACAAUGCUCUCUGAAGCAAUUUGAUAAGGGCACUGCCAAGGUGCAGUUCAGCAAGGAGCCCAACAACCUCUGAAAUGUGUUUUCUGACAGGUAUUCUGGUAAAUUAAUUGACCUUUCUUCUGAUCACCACUUUACUGUUUUACUGCAUUUUGUUGCUUUCCGCCCUUUAUCUGAAUUUAACUAAUAUUAAACUGAGUAAAUAUCAGGAUCGGCAAACAAGAUGCUAGUUAUUAUUCAGCCAGGAGACCAGGAUCUUGCAGUGUUUCACACAACUAAGAUGUAGAAGCGGAAUAAGCCCUCUAGCUUGCACUAUCAAACUCUUGCGGAAAAAUAAAGAGUUGUUUUGGACAAGCUACGAUAUCCAAAAUUGUUUGGAACUCACUGUUGUAGACCAUUAUGAUUUUAUUAUUUUGUGCGAACUGCAAAAUAAUUUUUUCUUGAGGAAAAUUUUUCUAAAAUUGCAAUUUAGUUGGUAAUAUAUUUAAGUGUUUAAUAUUUGUGGUGCAUGAGACUUUUGAAUCCUACGAUAUCAAUAAAAGCUAAUCUGUUAGUUUA